AUGGAGGGAACUGUUUUCACUCCUGCAUUGGAAGGAAUCAAGCUUGUAAAAUCGGAGCAAGGAGAAAUUCUGACUCAACCUUUCUUGGAUGCCUGCAAGCAUAUACUUCCUGUUAUCGAUAACUUUGGAACUUCUAUGGCCCUUGUUAAAUCUGACAUUGGGGGCAACAUAUCGAGAUUGGAAUCUAAAUAUGCCUCCAACCCAACCAGAUUCAAUUACCUGUACUCUUUGGUACAAGUUGAGGUUGAAACUAAAACGGCUAAGUCAUCAUCCAGUUGUACCAAUGGACUUCUGUGGCUUACAAGAGCAAUGGAUUUCUUGGUGGCAUUGUUCCAAAACUUAAUUGAGCAUACAGAUUGGUCAAUGUCACAAGCCUGCACAGAUUCCUAUAACCAGACUCUAAAGAAGUGGCAUGGCUGGCUUGCUAGUUCAAGCUUCACUGUAGCAAUGAAGCUUGCUCCUGAUAGAAAGAAAUUCAUGGAGGUGAUACAAGGCACUAGCACUGGUGAUAUCAGUGCUGAUAUACAUAAAUUUUGUAAAGACUUUUCUCCUCUCCUUGAAGGGAAUCACAAGUUCCUGGCUCGUUUUGGUUUGGAUGAUAUGAAGGCAUCAUGA